UACGAGGUAACGGUGGUGACAGGAGACGUUCAGAACGCAGGAACAGACACCAGGAUCUUCAUGUCUGUGUUCGGUGCCAACGGCAGCACAGAGGAAAUGUUGCUGGAGAAGAAUGAGGACAGGUUCGAACGUGGGCAGGAGGACACGUUCAACAUGGAGGUUGACGACAUAGAACCGCUGAGAAAGCUGAGACUUCGAAUCGACGGAUCUGGAAGUCGACCUGACUGGUUUCUAGAUAAGGUGAUUAUGCGGAACCUGACCACAGAGGAAGUGUCUAUGUUCACUUAUGAGGAGUGGCUGUCAAGAACACAAGGACCCAAGAGGACCAUGACCUGCGAGAUGCCCGCUGUGGUGGAUGAGGAGGUCAUGGUGGAGCUCACCACCUACACCAUCCAGGUCAAGACCAGUGAUGUUGCAGCGGCUGGCACAGACGCCAACGUGUGGCUGAUUGUUUUUGGGGAGAACGGCGACACAGGAACCCUGGUGCUGAAGGACAGCAACAAGUCCAACAAAUUUGAACGCAAGCAGGUGGACACAUUUCGAUUUGCUGAUGUGCUCAGUCUGGGAGACCUGUCCAAAGUGCGAGUCUGGCACGACAACACAGGCCCUGCUCCAGGUUGGCACUUGGAACACAUCGAUGUGAAGGAUGAGAUUAUGGACAAGACAUUUCGUUUUCCUUGUGACCGCUGGCUUUCCAAGAACGAUGACGAUGGGCAGAUAAUGAGGGAGCUGCCCUGUGCUAACAAUGACUAUUUAGAUCUCAGCGAGAAGACCAAGUAUGAGAUUAGUGUCACGACCGGAGAAGUUGAAACCAAAGAGAACGUGUGGAUUGUACUUGAGGGGAAGAAGGCUCGAUCAAAGGAAUUUGUAAUGGAGAACUCUUCAAAGAAGAAGAGGUUUCUGCAGGGAAAUGUCGACCAAUUUGAGUUUUCAUCCAAAAAUCUGGGUGACAUUGCUGCCAUCUGCCUGGGCCACACGCCCAAAGAUGGAAAGAAAGUUAAAGGGGAAGUUUACUGGCAUGUAGAGGAGAUUGUUGUGAAAGAGAAAGAACUUGGAAACAAGUACAUCUUCUUCUGUAAUGCGCUCAUCCCCCUCUCUCCAAAGAGGGACGAGUUCCUCACUUUUGAGUGCAAAAAGGCCAUCGAGAGCUUCGCCAGCAAGGCCCGCAGCCUGGUGCCGGUCAAGUACGAGAUCAUCGUCAUCACCGGCGACGAGAAGGGAGCGGGAACGGACGCCAACGUAUUCAUCACCAUCUUCGGCUCCAACGGGGAUUCGGGUCGUCGGCAGCUCCGGCAGAGGUUUCGCAACCUGUUCGAGCGCGAGCAGACCGACCGCUUCCUGCUGGAGAUGUUGGACAUGGGGGAGCUGCAGAGAGUUCGAAUGGAGCACGACAACUCAGGCCUCAGCCCCGGUUGGCUGCUCGACCGGGUGGAAAUCACCAACACAGCCAACGGCGUCACCACCAUGUUUCUCUGUGGGAAGUGGCUGGACACCAAGAAGGCUGAUGGGCAGAUUGUCAGAGUCCUCUACCCAAAAUACUAACAGUGACACCAUUCCUGGAGAGGGCUGACUGCAGGAGGAUCUGCUGUUUCAAAUAUUGACCAAAAAGAUUCAGCUUCUGGCAAACUUUACAUCUCAGGUACUGAGGCAAAUGUUUUGCAUUUAUAGAACUUCUUAAAAUACAAUUAAAUUUAUGGUAAAAAAAAUAAUUAUGUAUAUAUGGUCAGGAAAAAAGGAAUGUGCCAUUCAUGUCAGGAAUGGUUUGCCGUAUGUAUUUUGUAAUAAUAAAUUAUUUUUUAUGAGGAAUUAAAUUCCUUUUUGCAGUAUUUAAAGAAACUUCUCUGCAUUCAUUUGACUUUAUAUCCUU